AUGCUGGCCUCAGGCAUGCUUCUGGUGGCCACAGUAUGCCUGAGCACCAUGGUGCUGAUGUCUGUCUGGAACCAGAAGUUCUGGAAGAAGCUGCCUCCUGGCCCCACCCCACUGCCCCUCAUUGGGAAUUACCUCCAGCUGGAUACGGGAGACAUGUACAAUGCCCUUAUGAAGGUACGGCCCGGUUUGGCUAUGGCCAAUGGAGAACGAUGGAAGGUCCUUCGCCGUUUUUCUCUGACUGUCCUUCGAAACUUUGGGAUGGGAAAGCGGAGCAUUGAGGAGCGGAUUCAGGAAGAGGCUGGGUACCUACUAGAGGAAUUCCGGAAGACAAAAGGCACCCCAACUGAUCCCACCUUCUUCCUGAGCCGCAUGGUGUCCAAUGUCAUCAGUUCUGUGGUCUUCGGAAACCGCUUUGACUAUGAAGACAAGCAGUUCCUGAGCCUUCUGGGGAUGAUUAAUGAGAGUUUCAUUGAGAUGAGUGUGCCCUGGGCCCAGCUGUAUGACAUGUAUUCGGGAGUCAUGCAGUAUUUGCCCGGAAGACACAAUCACAUCUAUGACUUGAUAGAGGACCUUAAGGCCUUUGUAGCGUCCAGAGUCAAGGUCAAUGAAGCCACACUUGACCUCCAAAACCCUCGAGAUUUCAUCGACUGCUUCCUUAUAAAGAUGCACCAGGAUAAAAAGGAUCCACACACAGAAUUCAACCUCAGGAAUUUGGUGCUCACCACCCUCAAUCUCUUCUUUGCUGCCACAGAAACAGUGAGCUUGACCCUACGCUAUGGAAUGUUGCUCUUAAUGAAAUAUCCUCAUGUAGAAGCCAAGGUCCAGGAAGAGAUUAUCCAGGUGAUUGGACCACACUGUAUUCCCACAGUGGAUGACCGCAUCAAGAUGCCCUACUCGGAUGCCGUAAUCCAUGAGAUCCAGAGACUGACAGACAUCGUGCCCCUGGGAGUCCCCCAUACUGUCAUCCGGGACACUCACUUCCGAGGCUACUUUCUGCCCAAGGGCACAGAUGUCUAUCCACUACUUGGCUCUGUCCUCAGAGACCCCAAAUACUUCCAACACCCAAAUGACUUUUAUCCUCAGCACUUCCUGGAUGAACAGGGACUCUUCAAGAAGAAUGAUGCCUUUGUGGCUUUUUCUUCUGGAAAGCGGAUCUGCGUUGGGGAGGCCCUGGCCCGCAUGGAACUCUUCCUCUACUUCACCUCCAUCUUCAGAACUUCUCCUUAA